AUGGAGUCGUUCAAGGAGGGUGUGGCUACGCGUGUGCAGCAGACGCGGUUGCUUCUCCGUAAGAACGCUAUCCUCGCCAAGCGGAACCUCCGGUCGACAGUGGUGCAGGCCAUUGUGCCUCUAGUCUUUGUUGUUCUUCUCUUUGUGCUCCAGUUUGCGCUGCAGGCGAAUGCUCGGCUGGACAAGUUGCUCAAGGUGGAGAGGUCUCCUGAUCGCAUUCCCUUUCAGUCGUAUCCGCGCUGUAUUCUAGGCGAUGCCAGUACUGGCCCGUGUCUCUCUCUCGUGUACACCUCCAACGAGGCCGUCAUUGCUCCCGCCGUCGUCGCCCGCAUCCAGUCCCGAUUUAGCAUUCCAAGCAGCGAAGUCCGCUCCUUUGCCUCACCGGAUGCCAUGGAUGACUACCUCAACGUCAAUCGCAACUCGACGCAGGGCGGGUACAUCUUCAACGUGACCACUGAUGCCGGGACCGGAUUGCGGACUGUCGGCUACGCCAUCCAGUACAACUACACCGAAACGACUUCGUUUGGCUUUCCCAUCGACCCGACCGAGUACACGCUGCUGCCGAUGCAGGCUGCUGUGGAGCGGGCGCUGAUGGAGGAGCUGUCAGGCAACCCGGGGCUCGAGUACCGGGUCGACCUACUCCCGUUUGCGCACCCGGAACUCAUCUCGUACGACGUGGUGGGCGAGCUCGGACCGGCAUUCUUCUUUGCAGCGCUCAUGUUCAACUUUGUCAUCCAACUCGGGCGGGUAGUGGCCGAGAAGGAGGCCAAGCUUCGCGAGGGCAUGAACAUCAUGGGCCUCAAGUCGUCGUCGUACUGGCUCUCGUGGCUGCUCUUCAACGCGGCGUCGAACCUGAUCUCGGUCCUUGUCCUCGUCAUUGCGGGCGCGGGCUUCCAGCAACUGGUGUACGCCCCGUCGACCGCCCGGCUGUACAAGGUCCUCUUCUCAUUCCUCCCCUUUGUGCUCCUCUCCAAGGGCAUUGCCGACAUCUCGGCGCAGUCGGACGACGCCGAUGACAACGGCAUGUCGUGGUCGGAGCGUAGCUCCAACGCCGACUUUGCGCUUGUCUCGGUCUACGAGUGGCUCAUUGCAGACUUUUUCUUCUUUUGCUUCCUCACCUGGUACCUGGACAAUGUGCUGCCGUCGGUUUACGGCGUCUCCCGCCCGUUCUACUUUCCGUUCACCCGCUCGUACUGGCGUGGUCUGCCUGUUGACGCCGGUGCAGCCACGGCCGCUGUUCGCGAGCGCGACGACUACUACGCCCGCCGCGAUCCGACCGUCCGCGCCGAGUACGAGAUGGCCCGCAACAAGACGUUCCCAUCGUCGACUGCCACGUACUCGAAGCGCGGCGGAUGCUGCUGGGUCCGCAAGCGCGAGUUCAAGGCCGUCGACGGCCUCUCGUUCCACGUUGAGGAAAACUCGCUUGUCGCCCUCCUCGGCCACAACGGCGCCGGCAAGUCGACAACCGUCCACAUGCUGCAGGGCCUGUUUGCGCCUACCGGCGGCGACGCCCGCAUCUUUGGCCACUCGAUCGUGACCGGCAUGGCCCAGAUCCGUGCCGUCAUGGGCGUCUGCCCCCAGCACGACAUCCUCUGGGGCGAGCUCACCGGCCGUGAGCACCUCGAGCUCUACGCUGGGCUCAAGGGUGUGCCUCACGAAGACAUUGCCGACGAGGUCGAGGCUCGCCUCGCCGACGUCGACCUCGUUGCCGCCGGAGACCUGCCAUCGGGCGCGUACUCGGGCGGCAUGCGCCGUCGCCUCUCGACGGCCAUUGCCUUUGUCGCCGACCCGCGCAUUGUUCUCCUCGACGAGCCGACAACCGGCAUGGACCCGGUCUCGCGCCGCCAGGUCUGGAACCUCAUCCAGGCCAAAAAGGCUGGGCGCGUCAUCAUCCUCACCACACACGCCAUGGACGAGGCCGACGUCCUUGGUGACCGCAUCGCCAUCAUGUCGGGCGGCCAGCUGUCCACCGCCGGCACCUCGCUCCGCCUCAAGAACCAGUUUGGCACCGGCUACCGCGUCACCCUCGUCACCCGCGCCGGCAAGCUCGGCGACAUUGCUGAGUUUGUCCGCGACCGCCUGCCCGGUGUCGAGCUGGACGAGUCGGACGCGAGCGAGUCAGAUGAGCCACCGGCCUCGGCCCGCGACGAUGCCCAGCUCUCGUUUAAGAUCCCGCGCAGCCAGCUCUCGCACAUGUCGCGCUUCCUCAAGGCGCUGGAGAAGCGCAAGAAGUCGCUCGGCAUCCACGACAUCCAGCUGGCCAUGGAGUCUCUGGAGGCUGUAUUUCUCGAAGUUGCUCGCAUCGACGAGGAGGGCAACGACGCCGGGAUGGCCGACAGCUCGUCGUCGGGCGAGUCGGUCGAGUCGGCAUGA